AUAUAAACCCUUUUCGGUGGAACAGGCCCUGUAAAUCGCAUCUCGGUGAUCGCGCGAGGGAUCGAAAAGUGAGAGCGCGAGAGAAGAGAUGUCGAGAGAGAGGGCCAAAACGCGGGGUUCUACCCCCUCCGCAAGAGCCUAUAGAGAAAAUGGAGAAAUUGGUGAAUGAUGGCAAUUUCUAUGAGGCUCAACAGAUGUACAAAACUUAUAGUGCUAGGUAUGCUGCUGCUCAGAGGUACUCUGAAGCAUUGGAUAUUCUUGAAGCAGGUGCUCUAAUACAAUUGAAUCAUGGGCAGGUUACCUGUGGUUCCGAACUAGCUAAUAUUUUUGUGGAGACAUUGGUGAAAGGAACUUUUGCCUUCAGUGAAGAAAUUCUUGGUCGGCUCAGAAAGAUAUAUGAGGCUUUCCCUAAGAUUCCGGUGCCGCAACACUUGGAUGAUGAUGAUGACAUGCAAAAGCUUUCAGAAGCCUUAGUGGCCGCAAAAAUUCGUGUGGAGGGUUGCUCAUCUUUCUUGAGGGCUGCGAUCAAGUGGUCAAUGGAGUUUGGAUCUGGUAGAAGUGGAUGUCCUGAACUGCAUGAUAUGUUGGCUGAGUACAUAUAUUCAGAAUCUCCUGAGCUGGACAUGGCUAAGGUCUCUGCUCACUUUGUUCGUGGAAACAACCCUGGGAAGUUUGUUGAUAUACUAAUGAAUUUUAUGGGCAAGUGCUAUCCCGGGGAAGAUGAUAUAGCUAUUGCACGUGCAAUUCUUAUGUACUUAUCUCAGGGAAAUCUGCUUGACGCAAACUAUAUCAUGGAUGAGCUCAAAAAACAGUCACGCUCCAAGAAUAUUGAAUUUCCUGUCUCGGACCUGAUUCAGUUAAUUGUUUAUCUCUUACGGACGUUGGAAAGAGAUGCGUUGCCGCUUUUCAGAAUAUUAAGACAGAAGUACAAGUCAAGUAUAGACCGGGAACCUCUAUUUGAGGAGUUAUUGGAUGAAAUUGCAGAGAAGUUCUAUGGUGUGCAACGGAGAAGUGGCCUCCAAGGCAUGUUUGGUGACUUUUUCAAGAUGAUGGGAGGUGAUGCAGCAAUGCAGUUAUGAUUUUUCCUUUUUUUUUUCAAGACUUGAUUUCAUUGGAGGUAUCUUUCCUCGGUAAUUUGAAGUUGGCAGUACCCUUGGAAUUUCCGAGUGCCAAUGCUUCAUCUUUUGGUCAAGGACUCUGUUCUCAAAUAUGUUACCAUUUCUUAUAAUGAAAUUUGAGCAAACAAAAUAGCAAGCUAUUUGAAUCAUAUUUUGGGUCGUAAUUUAUACGAAGGUAACUUUGUUUGUA